UAUAUCUGAAAUUUCAACCCAUCUCAAAUCCUUCAAUUUUUAGAAAUUAAACCCUAAUUCUUGUUAUUUCCUUUGGUAAAUGGAUCGGUUUCUCUGAGGAGCAAUUGUCUCGCUGCAUUUUUCUUUUUGUUUGCUGACGGAGGAAGCAACGAGAAGAGAUGGCGCGGCAAAUGACGUCAUCUCAGUUCCACAAAUCAAAGACUCUCGACAACAAAUAUAUGCUGGGAGAUGAAAUUGGUAAAGGAGCUUAUGGUCGAGUUUAUAAAGGAUUAGACUUGGAGAAUGGAGACUUUGUGGCCAUCAAACAAGUCUCAUUGGAAAAUAUUGUUCAAGAGGAUCUUAACACUAUUAUGCAAGAAAUUGAUCUGUUGAAGAACUUGAACCAUAAAAACAUUGUAAAGUAUCUUGGGUCGUCGAAGACAAAGACUCACCUUCACAUUAUUCUGGAGUACGUUGAGAAUGGGUCUCUUGCAAACAUAAUUAAACCAAAUAAAUUUGGACCUUUCCCAGAAUCGUUGGUGGCUGUUUACAUUGCUCAGGUCUUGGAAGGUUUAGUAUAUCUGCAUGAGCAGGGUGUCAUACACCGAGAUAUCAAGGGUGCAAAUAUUUUGACGACAAAGGAGGGUCUUGUUAAGCUUGCUGACUUUGGAGUUGCCACUAAACUAAACGAAGCUGAUGUUAAUACUCACUCAGUGGUUGGAACUCCUUACUGGAUGGCUCCUGAGGUUAUUGAAAUGUCCGGAGUUUGUGCGGCUUCUGACAUUUGGAGCGUUGGAUGCACUGUUAUUGAACUUCUUACAUGUGUACCUCCUUACUAUGAUCUGCAGCCAAUGCCAGCCCUCUUUCGUAUUGUUCAGGAUGACAACCCUCCUAUUCCUGAUAGUCUUUCUCCAGAUAUUACAGACUUUCUACGACAGUGCUUCAAGAAGGAUUCCAGGCAGAGACCUGAUGCAAAGACUUUGCUCUCUCAUCCUUGGAUACGGAACUCUAGACGAGCAUUGCAGUCCUCACUUCGGCAUAGUGGAACCAUCAAAUAUAUGAAGGAAGCCGCUGCAAGUUCAGAGAAGGAUGAUGAAGGAAGUCAAAAUGUAACUGAAAGCCUUUCAGCAGAAAAAGUUGGGUUGUCAAAAACUGACUCGAAAAGCAAAUUAGUAGGGGUGGCAAGUUUUAGGUCUGAGAAAGAUCAGUCUUUACCCAGUGAUCUUGGUGAAGAACGAGCAGAUAAUUCAGAAGAUGAUCUAAUGGCAGAUCAAGUUCCCACAUUUUCUAUUCACGAGAAAUCUUCACUUCAAAGUACUUGCAGUACUACUUCGGAUGCAAAGGGGACUUCUGAAGAUGAACCAGAGUUUCAUGGGAAAUCUGAACAUGAUAGAGUACCUGGAAAUCUUGAAACGGAAGCUUCUGAAGCUAGAAAGAAUACUUUAGAAAAGCAGGUCGGAAAAGAAUCUUCCAUCCAGGUGGACCAGCCAUCAUAUACUGUUGGCCAAAAAGGUGAAGAUCGUAGGCUUCGAAAGUCGCCGGUGGUGCUUUUCCUCCCUCUAAUGGAUCUACUCGAUACUCCUAAAUCUCGAGUAGUAUGUGCCGUGCUGCAGCUGAUAAACGAAAUUAUUAAAGAUAACACUGACUUCCAGGAAAAUGCUUGUCUUGUUGGCCUCAUUCCUGUGGUAAUGAGUUUUGCUGGUCCUGAGAGGGAACGUUCUCGAGAAAUUCGUAAGGAAGCAGCUUACUUCUUGCAGCAACUUUGUCAAUCAAGCUCCUUAACGUUGCAAAUGUUCAUAGCUUGCCGUGGAAUACCAGUAUUGGUUGGAUUUCUUGAAGCAGAUUAUGCCAAAUACAGGGAGAUGGUCCAUUUAGCUAUUGAUGGGAUGUGGCAGGUAUUCAAACUCAAAAAGUCCACCCCGAGAAAUGAUUUCUGCCGUAUAGCUGCAAAGAAUGGAAUUCUUCUUAGGCUAAUCAACACUCUUUAUAGCUUGAAUGAGGCAACCCGACUGGCUUCUAUAUCAGGGGGCCCACUGAGUAUGGAUGGUCUAGCUCCACGUGCACGCUCUGGUCAACUUGACCCUAACAAUCCUAUUUUUAGUCAGCAUGAGACUUCACUCAGUGUGAUUGAUCAGCCUGAUGUGUUGAAAACUAGGCAUGGGGUUGGUGAAGAGCCUUCUCAUGCUUCAACUUCAAAUUCUCAGAGAUCAGAUAUCCAUCAACCAGAUGCCUUGCACCUAGAUAGUGAUAGGCCUAGAUUGAGCAGUGUUGCAGUAGAUGCCUCUACGUCCGGCACAGAAGAUGUUAGACAACAGCAUCGGUUAUCUCUCUCCGCCAAUAGGACAUCGACAGAUAAGCUUCAGAAGCUGGCGGAGGGUUCCUCUAAUGGAAUCCCUGUUACACAGCCAGAACAAGUUCGACCUUUGCUUAGCUUGUUGGAGAAAGAACCCCCUUCAAGACAUUUUUCUGGUCAACUGGAUUAUGUAAAGCACAUUACUGGCAUAGAGAGACAUGAAAGUAGACUUCCUCUUUUGCAUGGAUCAAACGAAAAGAAAACCAACGGAGACCUAGAUUUUCUGAUGGCCGAAUUUGCAGAGGUUUCUGGUCGUGGAAAGGAAAAUGGAAAUCUUGAUACGACGCCUAGAUAUCCCAGUAAAACAAUGGCAAAGAAGGUUGUGGCUAUUGAAGGAGCCGCUUCUACCUCUGGGAUUGCAUCUCAGACAGCAUCUGGAGUACUAUCAGGUUCGGGUGUUCUAAAUGCUAGACCUGGAAGUGCCACAUCAUCUGGUUUACUUGCCCAUAUGGUCUCUACGCUGAGUGCAGAUGUCGCAAGGGAAUACUUGGAGAAAGUGGCUGAUCUGCUUCUUGAAUUUGCGCGAGCUGAUACAACAGUAAAAUCAUACAUGUGCAGCCAAAGCUUACUCAGUCGUCUUUUCCAGAUGUUCAACCGUGUAGAACCUCCUAUUCUGUUAAAGAUACUGGAGUGCACCAAUCAUUUAUCAACUGAUCCAAAUUGCUUGGAGAAUCUUCAGCGUGCAGAUGCAAUUAAGCAUUUGAUCCCCAACCUUGAGCUUAAAGAUGGGAAUCUUGUUUAUCAGAUCCAUCACGAGGUGCUUAGUGCGCUAUUCAACCUGUGCAAGAUAAACAAGAGGAGGCAGGAACAAGCGGCUGAAAACGGAAUCAUACCGCACCUGAUGCUUUUCAUCAUGUCGGAUUCUCCUCUAAAACAAUAUGCAUUGCCACUUCUAUGUGAUAUGGCUCAUGCAUCUCGGAAUUCAAGAGAGCAGCUAAGAGCACACGGCGGUCUGGAUGUUUACCUGAGUUUGCUGGAUGAUGAAUACUGGUCCGUGAUAGCCUUAGAUUCAAUUGCUGUUUGCUUGGCUCAAGACAAUGACAACAACCACAAGGUGGAGCAGGCGUUGCUCAAGAAUGAUGCAAUUCAGAAAUUAGUUAACUUCUUCCAGAGCUGCCCAGAGAGACACUUUGUUCACAUAUUGGAGCCGUUCUUGAAGAUUAUUACGAAAUCAUCUCGGAUCAACAAGACGUUAGCUGUAAAUGGAUUGACUCCGUUGCUUAUUUCAAGGCUAGACCACCAAGAUGCAAUUGCUCGACUUAAUCUCCUGAAACUCAUCAAGGCUGUUUACGAGCACCAUCCAAAGCCAAAACAGCUGAUCGUAGAGAACGACCUCCCUCAAAAACUGCAGAAUCUGAUAGAAGAACGACGUGAUGGACAACGUUCAGGAGGCCAAGUUCUGGUGAAGCAGAUGGCAACAUCUCUCCUCAAAGCACUUCACAUCAACACAGUCUUGUGAGCGAG